GCUAGCUUAUAAAUUGUGGAAAGUAUGUUUUUGUUUGUAGUUUUUAAUUUUUAUUAUGCUUAUUUUAUUAUAAGUAUUUAUAAGUAUAAAUUAUUAUUAUAAUAUUAUAUAUAAUAUAACUAAAUAAAACAAAUAGAAAAGGGUGAGGGUGAGGGCAACCACUCUCACUCGGAGCUUAUCAUAAGCUAGAGAUUCCACAGCUUAUAAGAUUCACUAGCUUAUAGUUAUAUUAGCUGUUUGGUAGAAUGGGUACCGUUAGUCUAUAAGUUUGCAGCCCCGUUCUACCAAACACACCAACAUAAGAAAAUUAAACUCAAACAAGUUGUAAGCUGGAAUAAUCAGUCGAUCUAAUAUUUUGACAACGUUGGUUGGUUCCAAGAGUAAAAUAGAAGGGGUCAAUUCAAGUUGCUCAUAAAUUCGUGCAAUGUUUGAGGUUUCAGUCUCGAAGCAAACUUAUCAUGCUCAUAUAUAAAUAUUCAUGUGUGACUCAAUGCAUAGCUGUUGUUUUGGGCUUGUCUGUGUAGACUUUAAGAAUGGGCCUAAAAGAUACCUCAAAAUAUUGGAAACAUUUCCAAACGGGCUAUUGGGCCCAACUUUCGCAAGGCUAUCUGGUUUCGAUGCCCACCAAAAUUUACAGCCAGUAAUAUCACUAUCUGCUGCUUCUUUUUAACCCAGGCGAGGAAAGGGAUGGGGAAACCCACACAAGAACACACACUGUUUCAAAAUUAAGAUUCAGUGACAAGACAUGCCAUUACAAUCAAAAUUGUUUCUUUCAGGAUUAUGCGGAGCCUCGUAUAAACUACACAACUCAAAUUUUACGGAGCGAUGUGGGACUAUAGUAAGUAAUGUCUACCGAGUCUUACUUUCAAACCAUUUGGCGAUAUCCUACCUGGUUAUCUCUCAUGACUUAUAACAUAAAAACAUCUCGCCCGAAAAUGGGAGUUCGAUUCUAAACUUGACAACUAUUUUCAAGUGGUUUGCGUUAGAUCUCGGCCCAACUAACAUGUAGAGCAGAUUUACGAGCAUCUAGCUCGGGUCGCCUAUGAGCAUAGUAGAAUGCCCAAAAGACACGCAUGCAUGCUGAGUUGUUCUCAAUUUAAAAAAAAUCUCGUUUCCGGCACGUCUCAAAACGGGUCAAGAUAUAUUGAAGAAUCGGACUGUCAUCUUGACCAGCACAAACAAGCAGGAGAACUAUAAUAAAGGUAGAGUUUGUAGGUAGGAAUCAAUAAAUGGGUAGUGGGCACAGUUGAGUACCAAGUACAACUAGUGCGUGUGACAUAUCAAGAGGGGCGGCCAUGAAGUCUGAUAUGGGUCACUGUUGCAUUUUCCAAGUUUCCUUUCUCAUAUAAGAACACCACAAGAUGGCAAUCUUUGCUUUUUCCUUUCUCUCAUUCACGUCAUAAAUGUACCCAAAACCUACAAACCAAAACCUCCCAUGCGUUUUUGCUACAGUUUUCUUUUUCUUUUCUACUAUCUUUUAUUGGCUCAUGUCAUUCAAGAUAUGUUAGGGAAUCUAAUGCCCAGUUCAACAUCUUCACCACCUCAAGCCAAAACGCACGUUUAAUUACACUACGGUUGGAGUCCAUAUACAGUCUCAUCAUCAAUUCAAAUUAAUUAACUUUGGAACUUGACAUUGCACAAGGCUCCCACAGUGGACGGAGUCAAGGACAAAUGAUUGGGAGACCACAUAAAAGAUUCCGCAACCUCAUGGACCGGUUGAGAUCUGGAUCGAGGUCUAGUGUAAGAAGAUAACAAGAUAACAUAGGUGGCAUUUGUAGACACUGAAUUGAGCAAGGACCCAUUUCACAAAUUGUGAUAACGGAAACACACAUGGGCCUUGAAUUCACGACCUCCCACUUGCAUUAAAAAUUAACACGAUCAAGUUCAUUAUCUCAUCCAAUGAGCAAUUGUUCAGCAUGCACACCUUACCUUCACAUAAUGUGAGAUUUGAAAUGUUAAUUCAAUUUCCUUGGUUGAUAACAUCAAAUAAUUAACAUGAUGUUUCAAGACUAUUGAAUAUUUUUCCAUUGUAGACACAGUAAUAAUACAGUCAAUUCCUUAAUUGUAUAGAGAAAUUUUGAAAGAGUGGCAAAAAGGGCGGUACAUAAACAUUUAAGAGCAAAGCCAAAUCUAGUACUACUUUUUUUUCAACAACCCUUUUUUCGAUGAACUGUCUGAGUCAGAAGUCCCAGAGAGUCUGUGUUGAAGGCUUUGAAAUUAAGAAUUCAUGAUUGACGUGAUGGUUGGAACAAUCUAUCAAACGAUCUAUCUCAGUUCUUGAGUUAUGUCUAAUUGUCUAAUCAAAAGGAUGGUCCACCAACCAUUUUGUUGUGGCCAUUGUUGAUAUAGCUCUAGCUCUAUCUCUAUAGCUCUAGUCCUCCCGAUGAUAUAUACACACACACACAUAUAUAUGUAACAAUUAGUGCAUUAUACAACUGAAUAUCUGGGAAGUAGUGUUGCAUUAACUUGGUGGCUAUAUUGAUUAUUGAGGGAGCAGAUUCAUAUUUCCUGAUCGAUCGAGUUGGCUAGAAAUCUAUCAUAUUUUCCACUCUUUUUCAUAGAGAGUAGAGAGUUUACACAUUUAUGUACUGUGAUAGUGCUUAUGCGUGCAUCUAUGUAUUGAAAGCUUUAUGAGACAGAAUCAUGUAACCCUACUAGGAACAUUCUCAUAUGUAUGUUGAGCUAACCUAGUCUUGAAUUCGCAUGCUUGCUCUUCAAACCUCCUCAAUGUCAAACCCAACAUGAGAUUCAUUUGUUAGAAAAUCCAGACGAAAUAUGCACUAAAAGAUCCGCACGGAUUUUUUUUCCUUAACUAUUUUCAAAAUACUUAGACCCUUAAAAUAUGUCACAUGUGUAAGAGGACUAGCUAGACCUUAUUUAUAAAUCACUCAAUUAGGUUAUAUCAAUGUGAUUUGAGAUCACAAGUCUAAACAUCAUUAUACAUUGGAAUUAAUUAACACACACAGUGAAAUUGGAGUCCAAAUUUACUCUUUGGGAGAGUGAGUUGCUUAUGUUUGUGUAGGCCCAUCAUGAAAAGAAAAAGACAAUAUUUAGCAACAAUGAAGCGCCAGUCAACUUCCAACAAAGGAAAUACAAGAUUGUUUCCUUAACAAUCUUACUGAGUUAGUGGCUAGGAGGGGUUACAAGUUUUUUUAGGGCAACUCCAUGCUUUGAAUUCUUUGUAAAUGCUCUUUCAAAAAACUAUUAUGGAAAAGUCCGAUUAAGCCCAAACUCAGGUCAGGCUAGACACACGUAAACUCGCUCAACAAGUUAGUUGUGUUGAGAUCUAGCGCAAACUAAUUGUAAAUGGUUGCAUCAGUUUAGAAUCGAACUUCCGACGUCGAACAAGGUUAUUUACGCCCUCAAUCUGGAGAAAUAACCAAAUAGAGGUUAUAUACAAAGUAGUUCUACACUUCUACAUGCUUAUAUACAUCUCUAUCACUAUCACAAUCACAACUGGCUGAAGAGAGAGGAGGAUGCAAAAGAGAGAAGGCAGAGUGAAGUCGAUCGGCAGCUCGGAAAUCGAGUGUUUCCUAGCAAAAUAGAGAGGAUAGUGUUGUGUGUGUGAGUGUUUGGAACGCCAUUCUAUGCAUCUUUUUUUCCUCCAUCUAUAUCUCCUCAUUUGCCGCUUCCCUGUCUCCUUCGUUACCAAACACUAAAGAAUCACACAACUCAAACCCACAAAUUAAUACUUAUUGCCUUUCUCCAACACUUAUCUUCUCCAUCAAAUCCCAAAUCCCCACCAUGCAAGCUCCUCUCUUCACCUACAUAUCCUCCACUGAUCAUGGCCAAGAAAAUGAAGAUUCCAUUAUUCUAUCUCUUGGUCUUCCUGGUCAACAGAAAACCCAUCUUUCCCCUUCAUAUCAAAAGCAUCAAAACCCUAACGAUGAAAACAGUGUGACGGUUGCUCUGACCAUUGCUCCUCCCACAGCAACAAGCUUCAACGCACACAACCUCAACGCCAUUAAUGGUGGUUCUAAUGAUCUCGCUCAAGGAGUGCAUUACUGGAUUCCCACUCGCUCCCAAAUCCUUGUUGGUCCGGCACAGUUCUCUUGCAUUGUCUGCAACAAAACAUUCAACCGUUACAACAACAUGCAGAUGCACAUGUGGGGUCAUGGAUCGCAGUAUCGAAAGGGUCCGGAGUCACUAAGAGGGACAAAGCCAUCUUCAUCAAUGCUAAGACUGCCUUGUUAUUGUUGUUCUGAGGGUUGCAAGAACAACAUUGACCAUCCAAGAUCAAGGCCAUUGAAGGAUUUCAGAACUCUCCAAACCCAUUACAAGCGAAAGCACGGAGCCAAGCCAUUUGGGUGUAGAAAAUGUGGCAAACAUUUUGCUGUCAGAGGGGAUUGGAGGACACAUGAGAAGAAUUGUGGGAAGCUUUGGUUUUGCAUAUGCGGAUCUGAUUUCAAGCACAAGAGAUCUUUGAAAGAUCAUGUCCGUUCAUUUGGAGAUGGUCAUGCAGCCCAUACUUUGGAGACUAAUUGUGAGGUUGGAGAUGAAUAUGAAGACGAAGAGGAAGAAGGAGAAGAAGAGGAAGAGGAGGUUUAUAACGACAUUCAUGAAGGUCAUCAUCCUGUUUUCUUUUAUUAAGUAACUAAUAUUAGAGUUAGUAAUUAUGUUUUCGUAAAUGAUAAAGAUCCCAGAGCAGUUGGUAUCUCAGUUAUUUCGACUGGUGAGUUGUACGCACAGGAUCUAAGUGAAUUUUGAGUUCCACAUGACUCACAUGAUGCAUAUGAAAUCUUAGGCGUAAAACUCAACAAUUGGGACAACUGAGAUACCGGCUACUAGGAUCCCUAUUAUUAUUGUUAUGUUUUUGAAUUGCCAACUUAUGAUUAGGAUUUAUGGUGCUAGAGAGAGUGAUGAAGAGAGAGGAUGAAGACAAAACGGAUAGUGAAAGCCAAAGGUUGUAUUACAUUAAA